AUGUCGAAACCAGCACCCUCGGGGCCAACCCCAAGCAAUAGCUCCCGCGAUGCGAUCGGGACGACAACUGCCGCAGAAUCGGCUGGGGAUACUUCCGGGCUCUCCCAAACUUUACAAGGGCACGUGGAUGACAUUCGCUCUCUGAUCCAAUGCGGCAUCUGUAUCAGGCCCUUAUACGAACCCUUUACACUUGGUUGUGGACAUACGUUUUGUUAUACUUGCUUGACCUCGUGGUUUGGAGGGGGGAGAUCAAAUAAGACGUGUCCUGAUUGUCGAACACCGGUGAGAUCGGAGCCGUCGCCUGCAUACCUGGUUCGUGCAGUUGUCCAACUCUUCACAAGUCGUGCCGAACUUCUAGACAAGGGCGAGACUACGGCGGAGCAUAUACACCAUCAACGCGAGGAGGCUGAAAAGAUCGAUAAGGAUAAGAAGAACCCACAUCCUAGAGAAGGGGGGUUGUUCAAAGGCACAUUCAGUAGGGCAAGAAACUCUACAGCGCCACCCGUCGUUGACCUCGAGGACGGUGUUCUUCGAUGUCCGCAAUGUUCCUGGGAGCUUGAAGAAGAUUCCAAUUGCAUACAAUGUGGAUAUCGGCCGGGGGGGUCGGUUACUGAUUCCUCGGAUUAUUCGAGUGAUGAUCUGGAUGAGAAUUCUGAGAUGACAGACUAUUUUGAUGACGAGGCCGAGGACGGACUCAACGAGGUGGAUGAUUACGGUUGGAACGAUCUCUAUGCUGGAGUGCCCAUUGAUGCGUUGCCGUUUGAUAUUCAACACUUAUAUGAACUGCAUCGCAACCACUACCCACACCAACCACGCCAUGUUCUUCCGACAUCCGGACCUCGCAUACCAGCGGGAUAUUGGAAUCAGAAUGAUACCCACGACAGCGAAGAAGAGGAAGAAGAAGAGGAGGAUACUGACAUGGAUUCUUUUAUUGAUGAUGAUGAAAAUGAAGAGCAUUAUCCAGUGCGUUAUGACAACGGGGAAUACGACACCGGAUCAGAUCGAUCUACGGUUGUUGGGGGCCCGGAAUACAUCACGCAAGAAAACCGCUACGAGGAACGCCACGACUUCCCCAUGUCUCAACUCGGGGAUUUUGUGAGUGAUAGCGUGUCAGAAGUCACAGGAACCGGAGAAGAAGAAGAAGAAGAUAACUCGGACGAUGAUGACUCGGACGAUGAUGAAAGUGAUGAUGACGAUGAGCCAGUCCGACCUGCCGUCAGCGGAAAUCGACGCCGACCAAUUCCUUACUUCCAGAUUUCAAGCUCUCCAGUGCAACCACGAUUGCUGACUUCGAAUGGCCAUCCGGCUCAAUCACGCACAGCAUCCCGUGCUCGAAACGCACCAUCAGCUGGAACCUCAGCGUCGAAUGCGAUCAGAUUGGAGGAUGACUCUGACGAAGGGCCCGUGAGACCAGCCAGGAGAGCAAGGCGAUGA